CGGCUUCCUUGUCAUGGGCGAAUCAGUUCCCGCCUCGGACUCAUGGCACCCUUUACCAAAGGGAAUUCACGGCGUAGUUACCUCUGCAUAUGUCCCGGCACCCGCGUUGUCUCUCGGAUUAUCGACUGAAGACUUGACAGCGGUCACCCUGGGAGGCUCCAUCGCUACACAAUCUGCGGUGGAGCCCCCGUUGACUGAUUACCGAGUGCGCUUAGAACUGGGUGAUACGGUUCACCUGCUUGAGGAAUGUGGUUCUUGGUAUCGGGGAUAUGUAUUCCCAACUUUAUCGAUGGAGUCUGGUUCCAAACUGGGCAUAUUCCCCGCUAGUCACAUCUACUCUCGUUCCUUGCAGGACAGAGGAUUGGCCAAUAGCAACCGGGUUUCAGCAUCUCUUCCUGAACCAGUCCCAGCUCCGCAACCGGAAAUUGAAUUGGGAAAAGACAGUAGACCCCGACGGCCGUCCUUGUCUCGAACCCUGACGGCACCACUACCACUUUCAAGCGCUCUCCCGUCCAUAGAACUUCUAAUGCCAGAGUCUUCUCCUUCUCCUUCACCGAAACGACCUAUUCAACCACAGAGACCGCUAUCAUAUACCGCUGGUUAUUCCACUAGUCCUCGAAGAGUUGCUCACCCGAUCCCUGCUCCUGUACGGACGAAUCAUGAGACAUUGACCGGUCUUAAAGAACCGCUUAUUGAUGAAAUUGCCGCGGUUCUUCGAGACUGGGGCGGAAAACUGAAAUCUUAUUUGGAGCUGCAAGAAUAUGAGCGGUUUCAGCGCGUGCAUGGAAUGUUCAGCAUUCUUUUUCAAGGGAGGAGGACGCUCCUGGCUCAAACUCUUGCGCAGGAGGAACUUGUUCGCCUGCGUAGAACAUUAAUUGCCACCAUGGAAGAAGGGAACAUGUAUCAAAACAUGGACUUGCUCGUUCGUCAUAGCGAAAAGGGACAUUUGCUCUCUGAGAGAAAUACCACCAUUAUAAAUGUAUACCGUAUGCACCUUCAGCUAGCGGAACGUCGUCGGCUAGGCAGAAGUGGAUGGCGAUCUAAGGAUCCGACAUCCCCCUCUUCUACAUUAGGGAGCUACAUUGAAUCACCAUUGACGAACACAGAUCUUGACGUUCUAGCUACCAAGUUUGCUCACUUACUUGUUGAAGUCCGGUCUUGUGACGCUUCAAUAUGUCUGCCAGGCGAAUAUGCGGAGCUUAGAUUCUCUCUCUACAACUCCAGCGACUGCCGGAUGGUGACUGAAGAGUUCAUCAUGAAAGUUGAUAGUAGUGGCAAACCCGUGUCUGACGGUGGAUGGGCUUCGAAUAAAAGCCGUACAUUAUUCGCAGAACUCGCCUUUAGGGAUUUGACAGAUAGUAUGUACUUGGUUUGUCGACUCAUCCGUGUCGGCAAAAUGAACGUUAGCGAGAAAGAAAGCGAAAAGGCAGAUAGAGCUGGAUACGGUUCCGUCAGCUCGCUGCAUACUUCUACUUCUUCUCUCGACAUAUCGAAUGGCAACCCACAAAGCUCGUCCCAUUACCGUCGUCCGUUUGGUUGGGCGGUCGCGCUAGUGGGUGACCUGCUGAAGCCUGCCGAAGCAGGCAACGCUGAUAUGGAAAAAACGAAGGAGAUCAGGAUGCGGAUUUACGUCCCAUCCUCCGAAUCUCAGUUCACCUCAAUUUGUGAGAACAUCAUCAACCGGUCGGGUGGUUAUGAAACGUCUUCACGGGCGGACUCAUUGCAGGUGACCUUGAGAGUCUUUCGAGGCGAUUUGAAGGCAGUGACCCGGACAUAUCCGGCCCUUCUUCCACAAGCGACUGUUACUCCACGUAAUGGAUUUUAUGAUGUGAUUCUUCCUGGCGUGGUGCGCAAUUCAAUGUAUUUGACCCUUGUGUCUGGGGAGUUCAUUCAGAGCCGAAAACCCUCUAUCCGAAAUAUUCAAGUCACUGUCCAAGUUCGGCUGACAAAUGGGAAUCCCGUGGAAGAUUGCAUUUCAUGCGGAGUGGGAGAAGGGAAGAGGACCUACUACGACUCGAUUGUUUUCUACCACAAUACGACACCGAAAUGGACCGAGACAAUCCGUAUUGACCUACCAACCGAGCUGUUUGAAAAGGCGCAUGUCUUUUUUACAUUUCGCCAUUGCUCUUCCUCCGACAAAGGCGACGGUAAAGAUAGAGGAGAGCGCAACUUCGCAUUUGCUUUCUUACCCCUCCUACGAGGAAACCACAUGGUCAUCUCCGAUUCAACUCACUCCUUGAAUCUGUACAAGUAUGACAAACGUGUCGCCGUCUCAUCUGUCUACCUCACGUAUCCAGCCGGGGCGAACCUUCUCGUGCCCGCCAAGCAGGCACCGUCGUCGUUCGACGCUUUGGCAACGGCUGCAGACGCAAUGUCGAAGCUCCCGAUGCUCAAAGAUUCGGUUACAAUCCGUACGCAGUUAUGCUCCACCCAGCUAACCCAAAAUGUGUCACUCCACAACUUCCUGCAUUGGCGACAAGGCCACCAGCCAGUCGAGACCGUACUGCGGGAAUUCAUCUUGAUUGGUGAACUGGAAAUCAUCAUGUUUCUCCCUGCCAUUCUGGAUUCGUUGUUUUCCAUACUCGAUGCUGUGGCGGAUGGUUCUCUCGGCGUAUCCUCCCAGUCAGUAGAUGAUCUAGUGUUUUCCGCGCUAGUGUUCAUUUUGGGAAUUGUUGUAGAUAAACGCUUCACUAAUCAUCGAGCCGCACUUGACACCUAUAUCAGUUCCACGUUCAGCAGUGAAGGAGCUUGGGAGAUUUUGUUGAGAGGAUUCGAGAGACUCAUCAAACAUCCCCAAGAUAGCGGAAAAGGCAAAGAAUUGAGAAGUGCGAUCAAAGUUUGGAGCUAUCUGUUGCGAUUCGCAAUCCGGAGCAAUGUCAUCAGCACCAUCAAGGCGAGGAAAUCUCACUCCCAAGGCUCGGGGGAAAUAGCGAACAACCAAGGGGAUUUGGUAUCCGGUGGUAGAGUAGCUGCCCCUACGUCGGAAUUCAUCCAAUCUAUCACUUCGCUCUUCAACGCUAUCAACCAAAUGAUGACACUUUCUGCCCCUGAGCACAUAAUUGGAUCACAAACUUUGACGCUCCAGCACUUUGCGAGUCUUUUACCUGACCUUGUUCAAGUCUUCCCGCCACCUCACCUAGUGAAUAUCGCUGCAACAUUUGUCGACAGUGUGCGCAGCAAUCGACCAAAGCUUAACGGAUACAAAUUACUGUUUGUGAAGGAGCUGGUAAAGGGAUUUUUGUUUGCUGAUGACAGAAGCCGAGGUGUGGUGGUAAAUUGUGUAUGCCGAUGGGUAGGCGAGUGGAUUAGAGAAUGGUUGAGCUAUGCCCCGCGCACAUUUGACGAUAUCCCCCCGACGCUGGACCUCGCAAAGGACUCCAAAAUUAGUGGAGAGAGGGAAAAUCUCAAAUUCUGCUUAGAUGUUGUCGCAGAGGUGGUCGAUCGCUUACAACGAUUGAUGGAAAAAAGGGAGAGAGAAAAAGACAAAAUGAAAGGGGCGCAUCAACAUGAGAAAGUCGCGGAUGGUACCUCGACACAGAGCGAAGCUACAUUGAUGUGUGUCGCCGACCUUCUCCCUAAGCUUCUAGAGGUGCAUUUGACUCUUGUGUCUGAAUUGGGAGUCUCUACCGGCGGAGACGAACGUUAUGAGCACAGAAGAAGAGCUGAUACUGGCGUGAAGGACAUUAAUACCGAGAAACAAAUCCUUCCGCAGUCAUUAGAGUUGGCCCAGCUCGAUGCUAUUAUUUUGGCCAUCGUUCAUCUGUUGCGGGAAGAUCAGAUGCAAUCUUUCCUGGUAAAGCAAGCAGCGGGUAGUGGACCAAGAGGAACUGUACGAAGCCUGUAUACACUCUGCGAAGUCUUUGGGCAUAUGAUUGGGGAGCAGUCGUUCCCUGUUUCAUGGGUCAGUAUGAAUAUGAUCGCACAUCGGGUCACCACGAAGGUACUUCGCCCCGUGAGUGAGCUCAUGCGAGCGGAGUUUGUUGGCGGGAAGGAUGAAGACGAUGGGUCUACAGGCAAACGGGCAAGCGUUGCCUUCAGCAUAAGCGGAAGUGAGCUGUCGAAUGCAGAGAUCCGCAGCGGAGCCCGAACGUUUUAUACUGCUGCCACGGCUUACGGAACUGCGGUUAAUGGCGAGCAUAGCACGAUUUUAGACGAAUCAGGCACACAAGCCUGGCUUCACCGUAUUUGGGACGGGUAUUUCCGUGUGCUUCUUCAACUACUUAAUUCCCGCUGGCUGCAAAUUGAGCGAUUUGAACCGCAGCAAGCUCGAGCAGCACAUAAACUUUCUGCGGAUGUUCGGGGAGAAGGUGGGGAAGUGCUGCGGACCAUGUGGGAAUAUCUUGGCUCCACAUCACGGGGAAAAACACUGCAAGCAGGUUUCAUUCCCGCCCUGGUUGGACCAUUCUUGCAGCUCACGGCGUCUCCACAUCCAGUCCUUCGCAGUGCUGCAGUCGAGUUGCUCUUCAACACUAUUGAACCCGAAUUCGAACAAGUAGGGCAUUUUGGAAGAGUUGAGGUGGAAUGCAUUGAGCGUCUUCAUCGCCUCAUUGCGCAGGAAAGGCUUGGUGAUGACGCCUAUCGAUCAUUCAUAGUUGAUGCUCUUGAACGACGAUUUGCCACCAGGGCGCUGCUUACUGGAGAUGAAGAUGACCACCACAGCCGGGAGCUGACUACUCAGGGGCAAGCGUUCAUCGGCAGCCUUGAUAAAUUUUUGGGGCUUUCUCUGCGCAUUCGAGAUCUACCAUCGGGAGAACAGUCUCACGAUGAGGCAGUUGAGACUGUCGUCAAAAUGUUGAGGUUCUUGCGAUCCAUCGGUCGACGGAAUAUCUAUGUGGAAUAUGUUCAUCGACUGUUCGACUUCCAUAUGGAAACCAAUGAUGUUGUAGAGGCAGCGUUGGCGCUGAAGCUUCAUGGCGACCUCUUGGAAUGGCGGAGUGACGCGCUUUUGGAACCUUUGCCUGCAUACGGGUUCCCUGAUUGGCAAACGGAAUUCGAGAGGAAGGAGGCCAUUUACUUGCGCUGUGUAGACCUUCUAGAAACUGGCCAAACUUGGGAGCGUGCUCUCGAGCUUUGCAGAGAAUUAGCAGGAGAAUACGAGCGAAAGGCAUAUUCAUUCAGCAAGCUUGCAAACAUCCUCCGUCGUCAGGCAGAUCUAUGUGCUGGUAUAGCAGCUACAUCUCGCUGCCAGCCUGAAUACUAUCGCGUAGGAUUCUAUGGUCGGGAUUGUCCGCCAUUACUACGGAAUAAGCAAUUUAUAUACCGCGGAGGUGAAUGGGAAAAACUCGGGUCUUUCUGCGAGCGCCUUUUGCGAAAGCAUGUGGGUGGCAAACUAGCUAAAAGUAAUGCAUAUCCGCCACCUCCUGAAGUCAAGGAUGGAGAUGGAUUAUGGUUGCAGGUCACAGGCGUGAAACCAAUUAUUGACUGGAGAGCAUGGAGGACGGGGAAAGAUAGUGGGGCGUUUGGCGCCAUUCAAUGGGAGAGGCCCUCUAGUACCCCAGAUAAUAGAUACGGAUUCGACGUGGAUGACGGGGACGAUGCGGAUUUGCUUCUUAUCGAACCGGACCUGAGUCCAUAUUCAGCCACGCAACGCGGAUCGGCGGUCGGAGGAAAUAUUUUAGGUGCCUUGGAGCGAGCUGAUGAGCGCGUUAAAUCAUACUACGAGGCAAAUGAGGUUAAUGUAUUUGCCUUCUCACGACCGGUACGGAAGUCUUUACCAGCAGAGUCCACUCUGCCGGCUAAUGAUGGCGCAAGAGAGUUCCUGGAGUUAUGGACGGAGAAGACUGUAUUCCUCACAGAUGAUCGAUUCCCUGGCCUCAGCAGGCGAUGUGAAGUGGUGAGAGUUGAGAGCUAUGAACUUUCGCCAGUGGAGAACGCCAUUAUCGCCGUGCGUGGGAAGAAUAAGCAGCUUCAGGAACUGGAAAAGAAGUUUGCCCCAUUUGCGCAACUGGGACUCCCUCGUCCAAGCUCAGAUCUGGGCGCCAGGGGGUCGUAUUUACCAGUCCAACGGCCGGAUCGAGCAUCAAGCUCGUCCGCAGCCGAGAUCCCAAACGUAAAUCCGUUCACAAUGGCGCUCAAUGGUGCUGUUGAUGCUCCGGUCAAUGGUGGAAUUCCCAUGUACAAACGAGCGUUUUUGAGCACGGAGUAUCGAAGUGAAGCCGAGAAGAAUGGGCGGGAGAUGCUUGUCAAUAUGUUGGAGAGAGCAAUUGAAGAACAAGUUGAAAUCAUCCAUCGCUGCUUGAUGGUCCACGACCAUAUCGUGCCGGAACAGAUGAGACCAUUACACGAGGAGCUCAUCACCUUCUUCCACAAGAACUUUGCAGAUGACAUUGCGAGACUCAACCUGCCCUCACUGCGACAUGCUCGCCCGUCAGGGCAGGGUCUGCGCAGGAGUGAGAGUGUGUCGCCUACAGUCACGUCAUCUGGAUCAUCCGCUUCAGGAGAUGUGAGGACAAAUGCAACUGCAAAUCCUGCUCCAACAACGACUACGACGUCACGAAUGAGUUCCAGUCAGCGGUCUUCCGUUAUACUUGGCUUGCGCCAUUCCCUAUCGACGGCUGAUGGUAGUGGGUCAGUGAGCGCGGCAGUAGGCACAGGAGAUGGGGAGUCUGUCACCGCAGACAGCCGUGGCAGAAAGGAUCGGUUUGGGACAAUCUUAAAUAGGUUCUUAUAGUAUAGAUAGUAGUCGUAAGGGUUUUUUUGUAAAUUUUUCUAAUAUAUUAG